AUCGCCGGUGCGCUGUGUCCCUCGGACACAGCAGAUCACGGAAAGAGCCGAAGAUGCCGGCUCGGUCAUGUGAUCAGCUGUGUCCAAUCACAGCUGAUCACAUGGGACAUCUACACUGAUCAUCAGGGCACUGAUGAUCAGUGUGCCCUGAUGAUCAGUGUGACCCCAGAAGUGCCAGCAGUCAGUGUCCAUCAGUGCCAGCAGGCAGUGCUCAUCAAUGCCACAUAUCAGUGCCCAUCUGAGCUGCCUUUCAAUGUCACCCAUCAGUGCCACCUAUCAGUCCCAGUCAGUGCUGCCUAACAGUGCCGCCUAUCAGCACCAUAUAACAGUGUCAUGUAUCAGUGCUGCCUUUCAGUGCCCAUCAGUGAUGCCUGUCAAUGCCCAUCAGUGCCCAUCACUGCAGCCUCAUUAGCGCACAUCCGUGAAGGAGAAAAAUCACUUAUUUACAAAACUGUAUAACAAAACUAAGAAACAAAUUUUUUUUCAAAAUUUUCAGUGGUUUUUGGUUAGUUUA